AUGAUUACUCUUGUUGUCGGAGGUGUUAUCUUCCUCUACUUCUAUGCCAACUUCAUCUUCGACGAGGACGCCGCUCGUGCUUUGACGGCCAGAAAGCCAGGCCCAUCGACCGAAGUUGUUUCUUUGCGCAUCUACCCCAUCAAGUCAUGCCGUGGCAUUGAGGUCAAUGACAUCAAACUCCACAAGACUGGUCUGGACUUGGACCGUCACUGGAUGUUUGUCGAUGCAAAGAGCCGCCAAUUCUUGACCAUCCGUUCGGACCCUUCGAUGACUUUGAUUGAUACUGGACUCUCUGGAGAUGGCAAGGGCAGGUGGACAGAAUUGCACGUCAGCAUCCACGACACCGAUAAGCACGUCAAGAUUCCUUGCUAUCCUACUGCCGAGUGGCUGGACGAGAACACCAAGCUCACCAAGGUCGAGAUCUGGGGUGAGGACACCGAUGCCUGGGAGUACAACGACGACAUCAACUCCAUCUUCAGCGAAUACUUCAAGAAGCCUGUCGCUCUGGUCUACAAGGGUCCCACUCCCAGAAUGGCACGUGGAAACGGCAGCCCCGACUUGUAUGGCAAGGAGCAGGAGCAUCAUUUCGCCGAUGUCAUGAGUCUGCAAGUCGCCUCGGAAGCCUCGCUCGCCGACCUCAACUCCAGACUCGAAGGUGCUGGCCACGAUCAGCUCACCAUCGAGCGCUUCAGACCUAACAUCAUCGUCAAGGGCACCAAGGCUUGGGACGAGGAUAGCUGGAAGAAGGUGUGCAUUCGCACUACCGACCACGCACGUGAGGCUAUCUGGAAGACCCAUCUCGACAUCCUGUGCCACUGUGCCCGCUGUCAGGUUCCCAACGUCAACCCCGAUACUGCCGAGAAGCACGCACACGAACCUUGGGACACACUUAUGAAGUUCAGACGUAUUGAUCAGGGUGGGGUUGCCAAGUACAAGCCUUGCUUUGGUAUGCUUUGUAUUCCUACGAGCGAAGGACCUAUCGCUGUUGGCGCUGCUCUUGAAGUACUGGAGCGCACGGAAAAGCAUUUGUACAAUACGUCCAAGUUUGAGGAUCUGUAG